CAUAAAAGUUUUCAAACGGGCUUCAAAAUUCAAACGAUUUCAAGUCUCCAAACAUAAUUUGUGAAGUUUUCAAUGAUAUUAACGUUAAUACCAAAAUUCUCAAGUUUUCAACCAAAGGGUUUCAAACAUUAAUUCGGGUUCUCAAUAAUGGCAACCGGUGGUAGGUCGGAUGACCAACAUCAGGCAAUGAUUAGCAAUGCUCCUGGCAGUUUUAAUGAAUUUAAAACUCAUCUAGAUGUUUGCAGGAGUUCCAGUGACGUUAGCGACGUGAGUUCUUCAGCGUCAUCGACUUUCUCCGUCCGGAAUGCAAGAGUGAAGUUGGAGCUGGCACGCCUAAAGGCCCGUCAAGAAGAAGAACUCUCAGCUUUAGAAUACGACUUGCGUAAGCUUCAGACAAGACACGCUUUACAGGCUGCUGAAACAGAAUCAAAGGUUUGGGAAAUGAGCGAUGACGAAUUUUUGCGCUGUGCCAGGGCGAAGCGAAAAUGCCAUUGAUCAUUGCUCAAUGAUUGAACCGAGUCGCGGAUAUCGCGAAGCUAUGAGAGAGCUGAAGAAUGAAUAUGGUAAAGAUCGUGUCAUUUCCCGCACCUGUUUGGACAGGUUGAAGCGUGGUCCGAAGUUGAACUUUGACGACGCGAAAGGUAUGCAAGCGUAUGCGCGACUGAUGCGGAAAUGUGGCUUAGUUCUUGGAGAAAUCAGUCAAUCGAUUACUCAUGAGAAGUUGGAGCCACUGCUAGUUGAUGAAUUCUGGCGUCGAUGGAUUAAAUAGUACCUGCCAACAAUAACACAAAGGUCAAAAUGGACGAGAGGACGUGAUAACUUCAAAGUCGACGAUAUGGUUCUGCUAGUUGAUGAAUCGAUUCCUCGCGGUCGAUGGACUGUUGGGAGGGUUAUAAAUACCUUCCCAGACAAACAUGGACUCGUCCGCUCAGUGUUGGUGAGAACCGGCACAAAUGUUGUCAGACGACCCAUUACUAAACUAUGUCGAUUUCUAGAAGACCAAAAAUAGUGGAUUGAAUUAUUGUUUCAUUUACAACGUUUAAUUUUUUAGAAAAUAUUCCCUGGGUCAUAUAUUCGGGUGGGGGUAUGUUACGUUGUAAACGUACGUUUGUCGUAUAUUUUGCCACUGUAUGCAGUGCAUCGUGCUCUGCCUU